AUGUAAGAUAGAAAUGGAAUGAAUUAAUACUUAAAUUAUAGUAAUUAGGAAAAUAAAUAACAAUUUUUUGAUAUUUUAAUAGAACUAGUAUAAGAAUCAGAAGAAAAUAGUCGUAAAUUGUUUCGUUAUUAAUUACAUUUAAUUCAUUUAAUUUUAGAGUAUUCUUAAAAUGAAAGAGAAUUAUUAUAUGAGUAUUAUAAAUAGAAAAUGAAUUCUUCAGAAUUUAGAAUAAAAAUGAAAGAUUAAUGGUUAUUUCAUGAAUGGAAUUCUAUUUAAAAUAUUGUACAUUAAAUUCAAAUACAUUUAGAAGAAUGA